AUGUCCUUGAUCAUCAACACUUUCUACUCAAACAAAGAGAUCUUUCUGAGGGAGCUCAUUUCCAAUUCCUCAGACACUCUGGAUAAGAUCAGAUACAAGAGCUUGACAGACCCUAGUAAACUGGACUCGGGAAAGAAGCUGCACUUUAACCUCAUUCCCAAUAAACAAGACCGAACCCUCACUAUUGUGGAUACUGGCAUUGGAAAGACCAAGGCUUACUUGAUCAAUAACCUUGGCACUACUGCCAAGUCAGGCACCAAAGCCUUCAUGGAGGCUUUGCAGGCUGUGACUGUCAUCAUGAAGUGUAAUGACGAUGAGAGAAAUAAAAAGAACAACAUCAAGUUGUAUGUUCACAGAGAUUUUAUCAUGGAUAACUAUGAGGAGUUAAUUGCUGAGUAUCUGAAUUUCAUCAGAGGGGUGGUGGAUUCUGAAGAUCGCCCUCUAAAUAUUUCCCGGGAAAUGCUGCAACAAAGCAAAAUUCUGAAAGUUAUCAGAAAGAAUUUGGUCAAGAAAUGCUUAGAACUAUUUACUGAACUGGCUAAAGAUAAAGAGAACUACAAAAUGUUUUAUGAACAGUUCUCAAAAAAUAUAAAGCUUGAAAUUCAUGAAGACUCUCAUAAUCAGAAGAAGCUUUCAGAGCUGGUGAGAUACUACACAUCUGCUUCUGGGGAUGAGGUGGUCUCUCUGAAGGACCACUGCACCAGAUUGAAGGAAAACCAGAAGCACAUCUAUUUUAUCACAGGUGAGACCAAGGUCCAGGUUGCUAACUCAGCCUUUGUGGAACAUCUCCAAAAGCAUAGCUUAGAAAUAAUCUAUAUGAUUGAGCCCAUUGAUGAGUAUCGUAUGCAACAGCUGAAGGAAUUUGAGGGGAAGACCUUGGCCACAUAUGGGUGGACAGCGAACAUGGAGGGAAUCAUGAAAGCUCAAGCCCUCAGAGACAAAUCAAAAAUGGGUUACAUGGCAGCAAAGAAACAGCUGGAGAUAAACCCUGAUUGCUCCAUUAUUGAAACCUUAUGGCAAGAGGCAGAGGCUGACAAAAACGACAGGUCUGUGAAGGAUCUGUUCAUCUUGCUGUAUGAAACUGCACUCUGGUCUUCCAGCUUCAGUCUGGAAGAUCCCCAGACUCAUGCUAACAGGAUCUACAAGAUGAUCAAACUGGGUCUAGAUAUUGAUGAGGAUGAUCCUACCAUGGACGAUACCAGCGCUGCUGUAACUGAAGAAAUGCUACUCCUGGAAGGAGAGGACAACACAUCACACAUGGAAGGAGUAGACUAG